AUGAUUGACAGCACCAAAGAAAUGGUAGAAACUGCUAAAAAAAUCCAAAUUGCAUUUUCAAAACCUACUGAUUUUAAACGAGAACGUGUCUGUGUGAAUGUGAAUGUCAAGCAUGAAAAGAUUUGUACCGUAGAUCCUUCCAUGUUGAAUUUUAUUAGAAAACAAGGAGCACUCGACAAGACAGAACCCAACAUUCCAAUUCAAGUCUUUGCUGGCCCAGUUCCAUUGAAUUUUGCCUUUUAUGCAACUGUCGGUGUGGAUAUUAGUUAUGAAUUAUGUGCGAAUAGAAUUUCAGCAUCUGUCUCUCUAGAACCUUUUGUAGCAAUCAGUUUGGGAGGUAGAGCUGGAAUUGGAGUUGCAGCGUUGAGUGCUGGCGUCUUUAUGGAGGCAACCAUUACUUACAAAUUUAUUCCUCGAAUUGCUGUUGAAAAUUGUAAUAUCAACGCAAGCACGUUCCGUCACAAGUUGGCUCAAAUAUGUAUUCCAAUUGGAGGAAAUUCAAGUGGAAGACCCAUUGUACAAGUGUUGCCUUCGUUCUCUUCUCGUAGAAGCUUCAGGAAUGUUUCAUUACCAAGAGAUCGUCAAAUUGAAUUCCAUCGUCCGAAGGAUCCAAAACCACCUAAACGCAACAAUCAACAAGGUCAUCAUGAAUUCAAGAGGCCUUUAGCUCCUAAAGGUUAUCGUCUACCAUUUUCUCAAGUUGCUAAAAUAUGGAAACGACUUCCUGUCAUUCCCACAUUCAAGCUAAAGAGAAUUGCAAGAAAGGACGGUUAUAAAAACUGGGCCAAGAAAAUUACCAUUUACAGAAAUCAAUUUGGACCUGGAGCAUAA